AUGGAGGUAGAUAGCAAUCCAGAGCGCCAGGAUGCGUCUACGGAUUCUAUAAUUGAAGAGCUAAAGGCCCUUGCAAAGCGCAUGUUGCACGCUACUGAAGACGCCCAACGGAGAACGCGUUGCAUUGAGGAAUCAAACUCUUACGGGGUUCUUCUGAGUGCAAUUGAAUCGUCAGUACCGGAAACGAAUCGCUUAAACGGUUUGACAGCACCCCACUACCAUCGCGACCCUGUUAAUACUUCUUCUGUCUCGGGAGGUAUUGAAUUAGAGGAAUUGAUUCGUCACAAUAUGCCCGCAUCCUUGAAUCUUCCCGAAAGGCGAAAGGAUGGGAGAACAACCUCAAAACGGAACAUUUACAAUCCCGAAUUGGAUAAUCAAGAAACUUCUCUUUCAGAGAAGGAUAAAGAUGAGGGUGAAGAUGCGGAUGAAGGUGCCCCUCAUUUGAAUCGACACAAAUUGCCAUCAACCGCACGCCUGACGGCCUUUGAUUCUUCUGGCGAUUCUGAAGAAAAUGUCUAUGAUGGUGUAAAGACACAAGUCGUCUUUAAGGCAGUUGAUCCCGUGUUGUAUCAAGAGAUAAGUGGUUGCACCUGGCUUCCCGAACCGUUGUCUCUUCGUCUUGACACUGGAGAAACAGUUGAAGUUGACAGUGAAGACGAAACGGUCGACAAUGAUUAUAUGGAAGAUGAGACAAAAUCAAAUAACAAAAAAGUUUUUCGUGUUCCAUCGUUUCCCUUUGGAGGCGGUGUGACAGAAGCACAAGCCAAUUUACUAAGCAAAAUGUUUGGCGAUAGUAUGCGUCGUUGUAAUUUAUCGAAGUCGACCAGACCAAAGUACAUAACAAAGGAGGAAUUCAUCAACUAUGAGUAUGAAGAAUGUGCCACAACGGGAGAGGCUCGUGAUUCUUUUAUUCCAAAAUCACCAUUUGAAUUUGUGGUAGAAAUUGAGCAAGAGGUGGUUUUUGACGCCGUCCGGGCGCGUGAAGAGCGACGGCGUGAGUUUCGACGUCUGGCUGAGGAAGGGAAGGCCCCAGUAACCAUGGGAUCAUUUAAUCUUCGUGUGAUUAUGGAUCCUUUAAAAACCGGAUUCGAGGAAGAAAAAACGUUUCCCAUUAAGCGUGAUGCGAUUGUCGCGGAUCGCUAUCAAAUUAUAGAGUUGCUAGGAAAGGCAACAUUUAGUCGAGCAGUGCGCUGCUACGAUUUGCAUCAACCAUUUUACGAAGACUAUGAGGAGGAAGAAAAUGGCCAUGAAACUGAGUAUGCCUCUAAUCAUGGUGCUGAGGAGAAUGAAUCCACAGAAGGAAAAAAGGGAAAAGAAUCGCUGGUUACGCUGAGGUAUGCCUUAAGAUUAUCAAUAACUCGAAGGAUUUUUUUGAUCAGUCACUCGAUGAAAUUCGUUUGUUGA